GACGCACUCAGAGGGAUCUGUCCACGGACAACUACCAUGGGAAAACACGACAACGUUAUGGAACCCUUCAAAAUCAAAUCCGUAGAGCCACUUCCCCAGAAUACUCGAACUGAACGACUGAAGAUAUUGAAAGACGCCGGUUACAAUCUCUUUCUAAUCCCCGCCAAAGACGUGAUCAUUGAUCUGCUGACCGAUUCAGGAACUGGUGCUAUGAGUGCCAACCAAUGGGCUGCCAUGAUGCACGGAGAUGAGAGCUACGCAGGCGCAAGAAGUUUUGAGCACUUCCGAGACACGAUUCGUACCAUUACGGGCUUUAAUUAUGUCCUUCCUAUUCAUCAGGGUCGGGCGGGUGAGAGAGUGGUCUGUCACGUGAUCUGUGAUAAGGAUCAUCUAGUUCUAAGCAAUACGAUGUUUGACACAACACGAGCUCAUGUGGAGAGCACAGGCGCAGUAGGCAUCGACAUGCCGGUGGAAUUCACCAAGAAUGCUCCAUUCAAUGGUGACCUGGAUAUCAUCAAGCUGAAGAAAUACCUGAAGAAAAACCCGAAUAAGGUGUCCCUAGUGAUACUCACGGUGACAAACAACAUGGGCGGUGGUCAGCCGGUGAGUAUGCAGAAUAUCAAAGAGGUUUCUGAAGUCUGCCGAGAACACAACGUGAAGGUGUAUAUGGACGCCUGCAGGUUCGCAGAGAACAGCUGGUUCAUCAAGACACAGGAAUUGGGUUACAGUGAGAAGUCUCCCAUGGAAAUCGCCAAGGAGAUGUUCUCUUUCUUCGACGGCUGCAUCAUGUCUACAAAGAAAGACGGUAUAUGCAACAGUGGCGGGUUUAUCGCUACUAACGACCAGCAGAUGUACACGCAGUUCUCUCACGAGGUGAUCCUCAACGAAGGGUUCGUCACUUACGGCGGACUGACUGGCAGGGACAUGGAAGCCGUGGCCGUCGGUCUAAUGGAGGCUCUGGACGAAAAUUAUCUACGACACAGGAUUGAGUCCAUCAGGGCGUUUGGUGAUAUGCUCAAACAAAAUUGUGUUUCUGUGUUAGAACCUGUGGGCGGGCAUGCUGUAUACCUGGACGCUGCCGAGAUCUGUCCUCAUAUCAAGUUUAAGGAAUUUCCAGGAUGGGCCCUGAACUGUGUCCUGUAUUUGGAGGGUGGCAUUCGGGCCUGUUCCCUUGGAAACGUUAUGAACGGAGUUUUUCCAGACGGCACGGAGCGUCUGUGGACAAAGGAGCUGGUGAGACUGGCUGUUCCAAGGCGAACAUAUACCAUGUCCCAUUUCAAGUACGUGGUAGAUGUCAUCGGGCGAAUUGCAGCCCACAGCCAUCUUGUGUCGCCCAUGAAGAUUGUCAAAGCUCCAAACGUUCUUCGUCAUUUUACAGCAAUUCUCUCUCCUAUCGAGGAUCAUUUGUUCGAGGUGGAAAAGACAGGCACAAAAACUGGACUAAUCAAGGAACGCCCUUCAUACGGGAUUAAAUGAGGAUGAGGUCCAGGUCCAGGUAUAUCGCUGUAUGGGGAACACACAAUACAAUUAAGACGUACAGCACAGAGAGAAAACCAAAGCAACGACAACAGUGUGUUUGCUGGCACGCAACCGGUGAAAUACGGUCUCUUGCCGAUUUAUCUCAGAUAGAGUUUUAUUCUAACUGUUCAUGUAAACGCAUAAAUAAACAUAACACUACAUAUAUUAUAGACCAAGAAAACGACACAAGAUCUUGGAAAUGACCUAUCCCGCGGCACGAAUGUAUAAUUAGGAGGGGGGCAAGUCCUGUAAUACCAUGACUGACAGUUUGCUAUAAGUAUAUAAAACGGUAUCGAGUGCAAGGUCAGGCUGAGGUUAUGGGACAAUUGCACACCAGGAUCAGUAAAGAGAGUUUUUAUAA